ACCAACUGAAAAAGUGGGAAAGGAUGUCUGGAGGCGAGGCGUCCCAUUACAGAGGAAGGAGCGGGCUAUAUAAGCCAGCCAAAGCUGGCUGCUGUGGCCACAACCUGCCUAGCGCCACACGCCAGCCUCUCCCGGGCAGACACGCGGGUACGUCUCUGGUCGGCACAAAGACAGCGUGACUGGGGUCUCUGGUCGGCACAAAGACAGCGUGACUGGGGGGCCGCUGGGGGACUGCACAGGAGGGAACCCUGACGCUGCUCACAGCCAGGUACUUAUUCCUUGGAACUGCGGCAUGCCAGGAUCUAGGUCUCUCCUACUCCGGAAAGAAGAUCAUUUUUAAGAAGAACUGAGGUGACUGAUUUGGAUUCUGUUCUGUACUUCUAAAUCUGCAAUUCUGCUCAAGCGAUACACCCGAGGACCUUAGAACUCCAGAAAUACCCAACUCACCCACCUCCACCAUGGGGGCCAUGACUUGGCUGUUGCCAGGCAUCUUUCUGGCUUUUCUUGCCCUCCCUACUGAAGGUGGUGUACUCAAGAGAGUCAUCCGGCACAAGCGACAGAGUGGGGUGAACGUCACCCUGCCAGAGGAGAAUCAGCCAGUGGUUUUUAACCACGUCUACAACAUCAAGCUGCCCGUGGGGUCCCAGUGUUCAGUGGAUCUGGAAUCAGCCAGUGGGGAGAAAGACCUGGCUCCACCACCUGAGCCCAGUGAGAGCUUCCAGGAACACACAGUGGAUGGGGAAAACCAAAUUGUCUUCACACAUCGCAUCAACAUCCCCCGCAGGGCCUGUGGCUGUGCCGCAGCUCCUGACAUCAAGGAGCUCCUGAGCAGGCUGGAGGAGCUAGAGAGUGUGGUAUCUUCCCUGCGGGAACAGUGCACCAUGGGAGCAGGCUGCUGUCCCCAGGCUGCUGAAGGCCGCCUGGACACCAGACCCUUCUGCAGCGGCAGGGGCAAUUUCAGCACUGAAGGAUGUGGCUGUGUUUGUGAACCUGGCUGGAAAGGACCCAACUGUUCUGAGCCUGAAUGUCCAGGCAACUGUCACCUUCAAGGCCAAUGCAUCGACGGACAGUGUGUCUGUGAUGAGGGCUUCACUGGUGAGGACUGCAGCCAGCUGGCUUGUCCCAGUGACUGCAAUGACCAGGGGAGGUGUGUGAACGGGGUCUGCAUCUGUUUCGAAGGCUACACCGGGGCUGACUGCAGCCAGGAGAUCUGCCCAGUGCCCUGCAGCAAGGAGCACGGCACAUGCGUGGAUGGCCGGUGUGUGUGCCAGGAUGGCUUUGCUGGCGAAGACUGCAAUGAGCCCCUGUGCCUCAAUAACUGCUACAACCGAGGGCGGUGCGUGGAGAAUGAGUGUGUGUGCGAUGAGGGCUUUACUGGGGAAGACUGUAGUGAGCUCAUCUGCCCCAAUGACUGCUUCGACCGGGGCCGCUGUGUCAACGGCACCUGCUACUGUGAAGAAGGCUUCACAGGCGAAGACUGCGGCAAACUCACCUGCCCAAAUGACUGCCACGGCCAGGGCCGCUGCGAGGAGGGGCAGUGCAUAUGUGAUGACGGCUUUGCAGGUGCAGACUGCAGCGAGAAGAGAUGUCCUGCCGAUUGUCACAACCGCGGCCGCUGCAUCAAUGGGCAGUGUGAGUGUGAUGAUGGAUUCAAGGGAGCAGACUGUGGAGAACUCAAAUGUCCCAACAGCUGUAGCAGCCGUGGCCGCUGCGUCAACGGACAGUGCGUGUGUGAUGAGGGCUACACUGGGGAGGACUGUGGCCAGCAGCGGUGCCCCAGUGACUGUCACAGCCGGGGCCGCUGUGUGCAAGGCAAAUGCAUAUGUGAACAGGGCUUCAAGGGCUAUGACUGCAGUGAAAUGAGCUGCCCCAAUGAUUGUCACCAGCAUGGCCGCUGCGUGAAUGGCAUGUGUGUCUGUGAUGAUGACUACACUGGAGAAGACUGCCGGGAUCGCCGAUGCCCCAGGGACUGCAGCAACAGGGGCCGCUGUGUCGAAGGGCAGUGUGUGUGUGAGGACGGCUUCACUGGCCCCGACUGUGCAGAGCUCUCCUGUCUGAAUGACUGCCAUGGCCAAGGGCGCUGUGUGAACGGGCAGUGUGUGUGCCAUGAAGGCUUCGUGGGCAAAGACUGCAAGGAACGAAGGUGUCCCGAUGACUGUCACGGCCAGGGCCGCUGCGAGGACGGCCAGUGCAUCUGCCAUGAGGGCUUCACAGGCCUGGACUGUGGGCAGCGCUCCUGCCCCAAUGACUGCAGCAACUGGGGGCAGUGUGUGGCGGGCAGGUGCAUCUGCAAUGAGGGCCACAGCGGGGAAGACUGCUCAGAGGUGUCCCCUCCUAAAGACCUCAUCGUCACAGAAGUGACAGAAGAGACUGUCAACCUGGCCUGGGACAAUGAGAUGCGGGUCACAGAGUACCUCGUUGUGUACACACCCACCCAAGCAGAUGGCCUGGAAAUGCAAUUCCGUGUGCCCGGUGACCAGACAUCUACCACCAUCCGGGAGUUGGAGCCUGGUGUGGAAUAUUUCAUUCGCGUCUUUGCCAUCUUGGAGAAUAAGAAGAGCAUUCCUGUCAGCGCCAGAGUGGCCACGUACUUGCCUGCCCCUGAAGGCCUAAGAUUCAAGUCCAUCAAGGAGACAUCUGUGGACGUAGAAUGGGACCCUCUGGAUAUUGCUUUUGAAACAUGGGAAAUCAUCUUUCGCAAUAUGAAUAAAGAAGAUGAGGGAGAGAUCACCAAAAGCCUUAGGAGGCCAGAGACCUCUUACCGUCAAACUGGCCUAGCUCCAGGGCAAGACUACGAGAUAUCUCUGCACAUCGUGAAAAACAAUACCCGAGGCCCUGGCCUGAAGAGGGUGACCACCACCCGCUUGGAUGCCCCCAGUCAGAUCGAGGUGAAAGAUGUCACAGACACCACGGCUCUGGUCACCUGGUUCAAGCCCCUGGCCGAGAUUGACGGCAUUGAACUCUCCUACGGCAUCAAAGAUGUACCCGGUGACCGCACCACCAUUGAUCUCACACACGACGAGAACCAGUACUCCAUUGGGAACCUGAAGCCUGACACCGAGUAUGAAGUGUCCCUCAUCUCCCGCAGGGGCGACAUGUCCAGCAACCCGGCCAAAGAGACCUUCACAACAGGCCUGGAUGCUCCCAGGAAUCUCCGACGUGUCUCCCAGACAGAUAACAGCAUCACGCUGGAAUGGCGGAAUGUCAAGGCAGCCAUCGACAGUUACCGAAUUAAGUAUGCUCCCAUCUCUGGAGGUGACCAUGCUGAAGCUGAUGUCUCAAAGAGCCAACAAGGCACAACCAGAACCACUCUCAAAGGUCUGAAGCCAGGAACAGAAUAUGGGAUUGGAGUCUCUGCUGUGAAGGAAGACAAGGAGAGUGACCCAGCAACCAUCAAUGCAGCCACAGACUUGGAUGCACCCAAGGACCUUCGGGUCUCUGGCACUGCUGACAGCAGUCUGACCCUGCUCUGGAGGACACCUUUGGCCAAGUUUGACCGAUACCGCCUCAACUACAGCUCCCCCAUGGGCCAGCCAGCAGAGGUGCUGCUCCCGAGAGAUAGCACCUCCUACAUCCUGACAGGGCUGGAACCAGGACAAGAAUACAGCAUCCUCCUCACAGCAGAGAAGGGCAGACACAAGAGCAAGCCUGCACGUGUGAAGGCAUCCACAGAACAAGCCCCUGAACUGGAAAGCCUCACCGUGACUGAGGUUGGCUGGAAUGGCCUCUCACUCAACUGGACCACAGCUGACCAGGCCUAUGAGCACUUUGUCAUUCAGGUGCAGGAGGCCAACAAGGUGGAGGCUGCUCAGAACCUCACAGUGCCCGGCAGCCUCCGGGCUGUGGACAUCCCGGGACUCAAGCCUGCCACCCCCUACAGAGUGUCCAUCUAUGGGGUCAUCCAGGGCUAUAGAACACCAGUGCUCUCUGCUGAGGUCUCCACAGGAGAAACUCCCAACUUGGGAGGGGUCACGGUGGCUGAGGUGGGCUGGGAUGCCCUCAAGCUCAACUGGACUGCUCCCGAGGGGCCCUAUGAGCACUUUUUCAUUCAGGUGCAGGAGGCUGGCACAACAGACGCAGCCCAGAAUGUCACGGUCCCAGGAGAACUGAGGUCCACGGAUCUGCCUGGGCUCAAAGCAGCCACUCUCUAUAGCAUCACUAUCCAAGGGGUCACUCGGGACUUCAUCACAACCCCUCUCUCUAUUGAAGUCUUAACAGAGGAGAGUCCAGAGCUGGGAAACCUGACAGUGACCAAGGUUAGCUGGGAUGCUCUCAGACUGGACUGGACCACACCAGAUGGGACCUAUGACCAGUUUGUCAUUCAGGUCCAGGAGGCUGACCAGGUGGAAGAAGCUCGCAAUCUCACAGUUCCUGGCAGCCUGCGCUUUGUGGAAAUCCCAGGCCUCAGGGCUGGAACGCCUUACAAAAUCACCCUGCAUGGCGAGGUCAGGGGCCGCAGCACUCGACCCCUAGCUGUGGAAGUCAUCACAGAGAAGCUCCCCGAGCUGGGAGCAUUAACUGUGACUGAGGUUGCCUGGGACAGCCUCUCACUCAACUGGACCACAGCUGACCAGGCCUACGAGCACUUUGUCAUUCAGGUGCAGGAGGCCAACAAGGUGGAGGCUGCUCAGAACCUCACGGUGCCCGGCAGCCUCCGGGCUGUGGAUAUUCCUGGCCUCAAAGCUGUCACCCCUUACAGAGUGUCCAUCUAUGGGGUCAUCCAGGGCUAUAGAACACCAGUGCUCUCUGCUGAGGCCUUCACAGCCAAAGAACCUGAAAUUGGAAACUUAAAUGUUUCUGACAUAACUCCUGAGAGCUUCAAUCUUUCCUGGACAGCUACUGAUGGGAUCUUCGAGACCUUUACCAUUGAAAUUAUUGAUUCCAAUAGGUUGCUGGAGACACUGGAAUACAAUAUCUCUGGUGCUGAGCGAUCUGCCCACAUCUCAGGGUUAACCCCUAGCACUGAUUUUAUUAUCUACCUCUCUGGCCUUGCUCCCGGCAUCCGGACCAAAACCAUCAGUGCCACAGCUACCACAGAGGCCCUGCCCCUUCUGGAAAACCUAACCAUUUCCGACAUUAAUCCCUACGGGUUCACAGUUUCCUGGAUGGCAUCGGAGCAUGCCUUUGACAGCUUCCUAGUUACGGUGGUGGAUUCUGGGAAGCUGCUGGACCCCCAGGAAUUCACACUUUCAGGAACCCAGAGGAAGCUGGAGCUCAGAGGCCUCAUAACCGGCAUUGGCUAUGAGGUUAUGGUCUCUGGCUUCACCCAAGGGCAUCAAACCAAGCCCUUGAGGGCUGAGGUUGUCACAGAAGCCGAACCAGAAGUGGAUAACCUUCUGGUUUCAGAUGCCACCCCAGAUGGUUUCCGUCUGUCCUGGACAGCUGACGAAGGGAUGUUUGACAGUUUUGUUCUCAAAAUAAGAGACACCAAAAAGCAGUCUGAGCCACUGGAAAUAAUCCUACCUGCCCUUGAACGUACCAGGGAUGUUACAGGUCUCAGAGAGGCGACUGAAUAUGAAAUCGAACUCUAUGGAAUAAGCAAUGGGAGGCGAUCCCAGCCAGUCAGUGCUAUAGCAACAACAGCCAUGGGCUCUCCAAAGGAAAUCAUUUUCUCAGACAUCACUGAAAAUGCAGCCACCGUCAGCUGGAAGGCACCCACCGCUCAGGUUGAGAGCUUCCGGAUCACCUACGUGCCCAUUGCAGGAGGUCCACCCGCCACGGUAACUGUGGACGGCACCGAGACUCAGACCAGGCUGGUGAAACUCAUCCCUGGCAUGGAAUACAUUGUCAACAUCAUCGCCACCAAGGGCUUUGAGGAAAGUGAACCUCUCUCCGGGUCACUCAUCACAGCUCUGGAUGGUCCAUCCAGCCUGGUGACAGCCAACAUCACUGAUUCAGAAGCCUUGGCCACGUGGCAGCCAGCCAUCGCUGCUGUGGACAGUUACGUUAUCUCCUACACAGGAGAGAGGGCUCCGGAAAUUACCCGCACGGUGUCUGGGAACACGGUGGAGUAUGCUCUGACGGACCUCGAGCCUGCCACGGAAUACACACUCAGAAUCUUUGCGGAGAAAGGUCCCCAGAAAAGCUCCCCCAUCACCACCAAGUUCACAACAGACCUCGAUUCUCCAAGAGACUUGACUGCAACCGAAGUUCAAUCAGAAACUGCCCUCCUCACCUGGCGACCUCCCCGGGCCUCCAUCACUGGUUACCUCUUGCUCUAUGAAUCUGUAGAUGGAACUGUCAAGGAAGUCAUCGUGGGUCCAGAAACCACCUCGUACAGCCUAGUUGACCUGAGCCCAUCCACCCACUACACAGUCAAGGUGCAGGCAUUGAACGGGCCUCUGAGGAGCAAGCUGAUCCAGACCAUCUUCACUACAAUUGGACUCCUGUACCCAUUCCCCAGGGACUGCUCUCAGGCAAUGCUGAAUGGAGACACAACAUCUGGCCUGUACACAAUUUACCUGAAUGGUGACAAGGCCCAGGCACUGGAAGUCUACUGUGACAUGACCUCUGAUGGGGGUGGAUGGAUUGUGUUCCUGAGACGCAAAAAUGGCCGUGAGGACUUCUACCGAAACUGGAAGGCCUACGCUGCUGGGUUUGGGGACCGCAGAGAAGAAUUCUGGCUCGGUCUGGACAACCUCAGCAAAAUCACAGCCCAGGGGCAAUAUGAGCUGCGAGUGGACCUGCAAGACCAUGGGGAGACAGCCUAUGCCGUCUACGACAAGUUCAGCGUGGGAGAUGCCAAGACUCGCUAUCGGCUGAGGGUGGAGGGCUACAGCGGGACAGCAGGGGACUCCAUGGCAUACCACAAUGGCAGGUCCUUCUCCACCUUCGACAAGGACACAGACUCAGCCAUCACCAACUGUGCCCUGUCCUACAAGGGGGCUUUCUGGUAUAAGAACUGUCACCGUGUCAACCUGAUGGGCAGAUACGGGGACAACAACCACAGUCAGGGUGUUAACUGGUUCCACUGGAAAGGCCACGAAUACUCAAUCCAGUUUGCUGAGAUGAAGCUGAGACCCAGCAACUUCCGGAAUCUCGAAGGCAGGCGCAAACGGGCCUGACUUCCAGGGACAACUGGGAGAGAGAGGAGUAGAGCCCAGAGAAUGGAAAGAAGUUUACCAAAGCAUCAAUACCGCCGGUCCAACCACCAAGCCAGCCACACUGGCGCCUUUGGCAAGAGUCCCAACUGACGACGGAGCAUCGAUGCACUGGUAUCACCCACUCUGUGAUUCCUUCCUCCGCACCAAAGACCACGUUCUCCAGCAGGUUUCUGUUCUGUUGGUGGAUUCAGCAAGAAUCUGCCAGUGAACAACACAACCGUUUUUACUUCUCUUGGGUGAUUCUGGGAAUGGGAGAGGGGUGGGUUGUACAAUGGUAGUUUAUUUUAGAACAAGCCGUAUUUUACACAAAGCUGUAUAAUUAAUUAUCAUUAUUUUUGUUAGCAAAAAUUAAAUGUGUGUCAUUGGAAGCUGCCACCCCUCCCCCAUCCGUUUUUUGUUUUUUUUUUUUUUUUA